AAUAUCUCUCUUUUUAUUCAUCUUCCGAGUUCUUCCAUUUUGGACGUCAUCGCAAAGAGAUCGCUAAUGGGGAAAACCAAAUCCUUCAAAGAUGAGUUCACCUACGAACAACGAUUUGCGGAGUCGUUCGAAAUCUUGGCCAAGUAUCCCGAUCGAGUCCCUGUAAUUGUUGAGAGAUAUGAGAAAUGUGAACUGCCCGAGAUGGAAAAGAAGAAGUACCUCAUUCCUCGAGACAUGUCUGUUGGCCAAUUCAUCCAUGUUCUGAGCACCAGGCUUCAUCUAGCACCUGGAAAAGCUCUCUUUGUAUUUGUAAAGAAUACUUUGCCUCAAACAGCUAGCUUAAUGGAUACGGUGUACGAAUCAUACAAGGACGACGAUGGCUUUCUGUACAUGUGUUACAGCAGUGAAAAGACCUUUGGCUAGGACCAUCUGAUUGAGAUUUGCCAAUGCUGAAGCUGUAUAUCUCUGCUACUCCUCCUGCUGUCAAUAUAUCCAUAGACAAAUUUGUUUUUAUCAUGAACAUUAUAUAUAAUGCAUAUAUCAUACCUUCAUAUUUCAAA